GCUUGUGUCUGCCCCUCGGCUGUCUGGCGGGAAGCCGAAGACAGGGACUCUUAUGAAUGUUCUGUGUAAGUGCAGAUGUCUCAUAUAUGUCAAAUGAUCACCCAUGACAGCUGAGGGAGAAGCUGGAAAAACAGUUUAGGUAGUAGAUGUUGAGAAUUUGCAAGUACUAACAAACCACUGAACUACAGAGCAAAAAAGUCUCUGAAUAUGCCUUCCCAUGCCUUGCCCCUAUCUGGGAUGGCACCUCUGUGUAUGCUGUUUGGGCUGCUGAUGGCUUGCUGCUUCACCUUCUGCCUUAGUCAUCAGGACCUGGGGUUCGCACUGACAAGCCCAGAGAAGAGCAGCACCAAAGACACGGAGAGAAAGGAAAUCACCAAGGAGGAGGAGCUGGAAUCUGAGGUCCUGGAGGUGCUUCACCCCACCCACGAGUGGCAGGUCCUUCGACCAGGUCAGGCUGUCCCUGCAGGAUCUCAUGUGCGGCUAAAUCUCCAGACUGGGGCAAGAGAAGUGAAACUCCAAUAUGAAGACAAGUUCCAAAACAAUUUGAAAGGCUCAAGAAAAGGAAGAAGGCUAGACAUCAACACCAAUACCUACACAUCUCAGGAUCUCAAGAGUGCACUGGCAAAAUUCAAGGAGGGGGCAGAGAUGGACAGCUCAAAGGAAGACAAGGCACGGCAGGCCAAGGUUAAAAGGCUAUUCCGUCCCAUUGAGGAGCUGAAGAAGGAUUUUGCAGAGCUGAAUGUUGUCAUUGAGACUGAUAUGCAGAUCAUGGUGCGGCUGAUCAACAAGUUCAAUAGUUCCAGCUCCAGCCUGGAAGAAAAGAUUGCAGCACUCUUUGAUCUUGAAUAUUAUGUCCAUCAGAUGGAUAAUGCGCAGGACCUGCUUUCCUUCGGUGGUCUUCAGGUGGUGAUCAAUGGGCUGAACAGCACAGAGCCCCUGGUGAAGGAGUAUGCUGCCUUUGUGUUGGGGGCUGCCUUUUCCAGCAACCCUAAGGUCCAGGUGGAGGCCAUUGAGGGGGGAGCACUGCAGAAGCUGCUGGUCAUCCUGGCUACGGAGCAACCUCUCACGGCAAAGAAGAAGGUCCUGUUUGCACUGUGCUCCCUGCUACGACACUUUCCCUAUGCCCAGCAGCAAUUUCUGAAGCUGGGGGGGCUACAGGUCCUAAGGAGUCUGGUACACGAGAAGGGCACAGAGGUGCUGGCCGUGCGUGUGGUCACCCUGCUGUAUGACCUGGUCACAGAGAAGAUGUUUGCCGAGGAGGAGGCCGAGCUGACCCGGGACACAUCCCCAGAGAAGCUGCAGCAGUAUCGCCAGGUGCACCUCCUGCCGGGCCUGCGGGAACAGGGCUGGUGUGAGAUCACUGCCCACCUCCUGGCCCUGCCUGAGCAUGAUGCUCGAGAAAAGGUGCUGCAGACGCUGGGCGCCCUUCUGGUCACCUGUCGUGACCGCUACCAGCAGGAACCCCAGCUGACCAGGACGCUGGCCAGUCUGCAGGCUGAGUACCAGGCGCUGGCCGCCCUGGAGCUCCAAGAUGGAGAGGAUGAGGGCUACUUCCGGGAACUGCUGAAUUCCAUCAACAGCUUGAUGAAGGAACUGAGAUGAGGUUCUCCCCCCGACACCCGGCCUGGACUGGGAUGCUGCUAGUGAGGCUGAGGGGUGCCUGCUUGGGUGGGCUUAGGGACAUCAAGCAGGAACGAGGACUUCCCUAGUGGGGCAUGGGCAUCACCUAGGUAGUGCUGGCUUGGCAUUAAAUGGAGGCAUAAAGGCCAUUGUCUAUCUACUGUGUGUCUGUGCAGACUGGGCACAGCCCUGUGGUUGGGAGACUAUGUCUGGGAGCCCCCAAGGUACUUGGGUAGCUUGUUGGGUGAAAGAUCGGUGAGAGCACCUGCUAACAUGCUGGAAGGUCAGGACAGGCAUGUAACAGGAGCCAGGGGAAGGGUCUGGGUCCAGGAAAACCCUGCCUCAGGCUCCACACUUCUCACAUAGUAACAGUGACCUUGGAAAGUCAAAAGGGGAUCUACACCAGCGCCUGGACCUGUGGCUCCUGGAACUGUGCUUGUCCCUACCAUAGCUGGCUCUGAGGCGAGGCCUGGGAUCGGCUCAUUACCCACCCUGCUCUGAGCUCAAGUCAUAACUUUGAGGCCAUUGGCACUGGCAGGAGCCUGAGGGCACCUCCACAUGCAGGCAACUGCUGGCCCUGGUUGGGACCUGGGUCGAAGGACACUGGGGAAAUGUUGCUGUACCCUGCAGGCCCUGAGUGUCGGCCUCAGGGAGAGCGUUACCUCACUAAAACUGCUAGUGGGCGCUCAGGCCUGCCUGGCCCACCUGACCAGAGAUGCCGCUCUGUGCCCCUGGUCCUGUGUCUGUAAGACGGGCUGAGACGGGAGAGGCCUUGGAGGCGGGAGCAGCCGAGCCUGACAAGUACUGGCCCCCACCCUGGAGAGGCUGAGCGCCAGGCUGGGAACCUGAUGCAGGUUGCCACGGCAACCCGGGCUCUGGGCUUUCCUGAUUUGGAUUCUGGUGUGCUUGUUUUUCAGCCUUUCCAAUGCACCAGAGGCUCCCUCCUGCUGCUCGGGAGCCCCUCCCAGCCCCCAUGUAGAAAUCACCGCAGCCUGUCCUUGCAUGGAGAAAUCUCAGCGUCCCUGAGAUUAGGGGUAACUGAGGCCCAGAGAGACAUGGAGCAAGUGGGUGAUUCCUUCCCUUUGCUCAGCCUUAGACCCUUUCCUGCCCACCUCAGGCUACAGCACAUGAAGCUGGGUAGAGAGCCAGCAGAGUCCUCCUGGGAGGUCAGGAGCCUGUUGGAUCAGGGGAGGGAACCCCAGGGCUCAGAAGCGAAGGCCACCAAGUGUUGGGCAUCUACCUCCUCACUGCCUCAAAAACAUCUCAACUGCCUUGCAGAACAUUGGACAGAUGAGGAAAUUUUGGUUCAGAGAGGUUAAAUGAUCUGCCUGAGGUCAUACAGGUUGUAGGUGGCAGAACUGGAAUUUGCUGACUGACCACGUGUGGAAAGCUGGAGUGUGGGUCUCAGAAGGGGAGUGUUUAACUUGAAAGGCAGUGGUAAAGACCAGUGGAGACAGCAGCGCAGGGCAGGGUGCAGAAGGGAGGUGUGGGGGGUUCUGGCUUAGGCCAAGGUCAGCAGUCACUUUCAACAUGGCGUCACACUCUGCAUGUGGAUGUGACAAGGCAAGGAGAGGUGUGAGGGGAUGGGGUUGCCCUGGCUCAUGCUGGGAGGGAGGAGGGCAUGGUGUUAGAUGCAGUCUGGUCUGGGCCUCUUCCUGGGCACUGAGGCAGGUGCACACACUGUAUGAGAGCUGGCCCCUGGGGUAGGGUCUGACUGGAGAUCUCCAGAGCCCUUGAGGCCUCUGUAACUAACAGGAUCUGAUCAAGGAUAUGGGAAGAGGUCCUUGUGGAAGGAGUGCCACUUCCAGAGGCCUGAGGAACCCAGGAAGAAGAAGUAUCUCUUCUACCCUCAGGUGUGCCAUACAGAAUAGUAUCUCUGUAAAAUAGAAAGGGGACUUUGAGCCAUAGGCUCUGGGGCUGAGGAAAAAGCAUCUGGGACUACUGUGAGGGGAGCCAGGCCACAUGCCAGGUGAAAAUACUGCCUCCCCCCUUUUCCCCAUUCUACGUGCAUGCACACAAACAAAUGCACUGCAGAGGAUGAAGUUUGCUAUGCAGUCUCUCUCCUCACUGGCCUCGUCUGGGUUUGUCCUGCACCUUUUUUUUUUUUUAAUUUUUGCAUACAAGAACUGGGGUUCAGGCCAUAGGUGCAGGGGUGAAAAGAUUUACCAGAGACAGAGUGGGGAGCAGAACAGGCAGACUGACUGAAAUACACUGCUGAGGGGAGCAGUGGGCGAGACAGGAGAGGUCUGCUGCGCCAUGUGGGUAGCUCCCUGGCCAGAGAUCAAACUCAAGCCAUAGCGGUGAUGGCGCUUAGACUUAACCCCUAGGCCGCCAGGGAGAUCCCCGCCCCGGAGCUCUGAUGCUGGGCACUGGAGGAAAAGAAAAGCCACAGUGAGGUCCAGGGCUUGGGCUUGCACUGCCUGUUUACAGGUUCUGGCUCCACCUCUCGAUUCAUCACUGAUUACUGUCUGCAGGUGUAGAAGGAGGUCUUCUCGGCUGCCCUUUGGGGGCCAUCCUGGGAACAGAGGCCAAGGAAUGUGACCUGGGCUCAACAUUAGGCAAGACAUGGUAACGCCGGACCAGAACCAUAGAACUUGGGGUGAUGUGACUUACUCCUGUCAGGACCUGCAUGCUGCAUUCUUCUCUCACCCCUGUCACUUAGUUGGGCCGGUGGCCUGGUGGCCUAGCCUGAGCACUGUGACAGGCUCCGUAGGCCUUGUAGGCUCCUGUAGCACCCUGGCUGGUUGUUGGACCCUUGUUCCUUGGCUGGGCCUUCUCUAAAUCCCCUGACCUGGGUCCCCACCCAUCCUUCGGCAGGCUUGGUCUUACUAAUUGACAUAUUCAUUCACUGCUUUUAUUGAGCAGUUAGUCUGUGUUAGGCCCUGGAGUUCUGAGUAGUAAGCAAGGCCCUGUAACUUACAGCUCAUAGUCUGUGAGCAAGAUGGAUGGUGUAUGAUAGGAGAGGUCUCUGAAGUCAGGGAAGUCCUCCUGGAGCCAGUGCUAGCCAAGUAGAUACCUGAAGGAUGCUUGAAAAAUAAACCAGGUGAAAUGGGGAGAGGGUUUCCGUCCCAGGAAGAUGGCGGGGGCGGGGGUUCGUUUGCGGAAACUCCAAGUUCAGUAUAGCUGAAGGAAGUGGUGGGGGUCCAGGUAUGGCUACAAGGGUCCAGGAGAUUAUAUUCUCCAGUGCCUUGUUAGCCUUGCUAAGGAGCAUGUCCUCAUCCUGAUGGAGCUGGAACCCACGGUUGGGUUCUAGGCAGAACCCUAGCUGCUGCUCACUCACGCACUGAUUCAUUCACAAAAGACAUCUGAUCUGGUUCUAAGAGGCAGACACUGUUCUAGGUCAUGAAGUGGUAAAUAGAACAGCGGCAGGGAAGGGCUGACAUCCCAAAUAAGUAUUUAAUGUGAUGCUGGACAGUAAAGGCUAACAGCUAUAAAGGAGAACAAACCAUGAUAGGAGAUAAAGGUUGUUGGAGAGGGCCCCUCUGAUGAGCUGGAGUGUGACUAGACCGCAGUGAGGCAGUGAGCCACGUGCGGUCUGAGGAGACACCAGGGAAUAACAGAGGCAAAGGUCUUGGGGCAGCAAGAUGGCUGGGGUGAUUGAAGAGAAAUAGGAGUCAGUGGGAAGAAGAAACAGCAGCAACCAGGGGAGGACACAUCUUGGCUGUGGGAGUACAUUGUGACGGAAGCAUUGGAGAGUUAGGGAUGAGGAAAGACCCAAUGUCACUGACAUUUUACAGGAUCCCUCUUGUUAUUAUGGUGAGACCAGGGGACAUGGGAGUGAGGGUGGGGUCUGGUGUGGAAUCUGGUGCAAGUUGGUGCUUGAACCUGGUGCUUCCUCCUUCCUUCAUUGAAGAGGAAGAAGAAUUAAGGAUGAUGCCACACUUGGGACUUGGGCACACGACAUAUGGAAGCAGUGAGCAAUAGCACUGUCAGUUUGUCCGAGCAGAUUGAGACUUUGUGGUAGGUAUUGUUUUGGACAUGUUUCCAUUGAGACCACAAUUGGACAUCCAAGUGGUGAUGUUGAAUAGGGAGCUGGAGACAGUGUGGCAUGUAGGGGAGGGGUCAUAUGAAAAGAGACAUUUGGAUGUGGUGUGUGCAGAGCUGGCUCAGAGCCACGUGCAGCCAUGUGGGUGGGUUUUAGAAACUUGGAGAGUUGGUUGGUCAGCGAAGCCAUUAUUAAAAAUCAAAUUAUUUAAACUUAGAAUUAAAUAGCAUUAAUAAAGCAAAGAUUAUUUAAAAAAAAACCCCACUAAUAAAAGAGCAAAUUAAAUCCGAAGAAAGUAAGAAGAGAAAAAGAAAAGCUAGAGAAAAUCACUGGAAUGAAAAUAUGGUUAUUUAAAAGAAGAAAACACAAAUGAGACCAACAUCAGGAAUUAAAGAAGGGAUAUUAGUAUAGACCCUACAAGCAUUAAAAGGAUAGUAAGUGGCCACAAACAACUCUAAGUCCAUUCAUUUGACAACUUAGAAGAAAUAUUGGACUGGUUCCUUAAAAAAUAUUGUCAACAAAACUCAUACAACAGGGCCUCCCCUGGUG